UCCAGUAUUGCAUGGUUUUGGUUACGUAACGUAGUCAAAGAAUUUAUAAGUGUUGCUCGCUACUGUGGUGUCAACAACUUAGCUCGGGACAAUGGCCACAAACACGAACGACGAUGAACACUUGCAAGAAAAAAUAGACGUAUAUCGGCUUGUGCUGAUGGAGUGUGUAAUCCCAACGGAAUUACUCCCAUCGUUAACCGACGUGCUGUCAGGUCCAGACGCUUCAACAAUCAAAAACUUGACUCGUCAGAGCAGUGACAGGGCUGGUACAGAGCACCUGUUAAACGUCUUGGUAGAAAAGACGGAGAUCCGGGGGCGAUGGCGGAUGUUAGUGAAUGCGCUGAAACAACACGGUUAUGGAACUCUCUCAAUGAUUCUAGAGGGAAAGAUGGAUCUGAUUGACAGAGACCGCAACAAGAGAAUCAUAGAGAUAUUUAUGUUGCCACUGCAAAAGAUCAUGAAACCGCUAGAUAUUCUUCCUUCACUGAUACAGAAGGGCGUGUUGAGUCGCGAGGAUGAUGAGAAUAUCGAAGCCGAACAUCGCAAUCAUGGAAUGCUGGCUGCAUCAGCGCUUUUACUAGAUCGUAUUUACCGAAAGAAGUCAAAUUGGUAUGACAUGUUUCUACAGUCUCUUGCUGAAAACGACUUCGGUCACUUGGCUGAGAAAAUUGACCCAGACUUCAUGAAGAAGUGGGCGAUUCGGAAUGAAGAAGUUAUAUAUCAGAGAGGAGAACCACCUGAUUCAUCGACAAUGGAAAACUAUCAGUCAGAUGAUGGGGAAGCCAUGACUGAUCUAAAAGGUUUGAAUUUGUCACCAAAUCACCAACGUGAUCACACGCACGAUACCAAUGACACCAAAAAAGAAGAAAACCUUAAUUCUACGGCUAAGGAUUCCGCUGGUGAAGAAGCAUUGACAAAAUUGAAACAGGUCCAGCAGACAGCUAGACAACCAACAGAGCAUGACGAGUUAUCUGGAACAUGUGCAGAGUCAUCUCCUAUGGCAAGCAAUGAUCAGUCAGAACCAGUGGCUUCCGUACCACCCAGUAUCGCGGUACAGGAUUCUAGUGAGACCAUUGGAUCAGACCUAUCACUAUACAGAUAUCAGGAAGAGCUGGCCAAACCCGGAUUAGAGGGACAUAACUCUAUAGUCAUUGCUCCAACUAACAGUGGCAAGACGCACGUGGCCAUCAGGAUCAUGCAGCACCACCUGAGGAGAGGUCAGGGUAAGGUGAUAUUCCUGGUGCCGACCUCGGCUUUGGCAACACAACAGCGGGAUAGGUGUCACGAACUGUUAAAAUGUCCGGUCAAGGUGAUGACGGGGGAAAGCCAAGCAAGAGAAAAAUAUAUUGACAUGUCAGUUCACCUGAAAAAUCACGAUGUGAUUGUGGCUACGCCGCAGAUACUUGUUAACUGUCUGUUGGCAAAAGAAGAUGUUACCCUGCAAACGUUUUCUCUCAUUGUGUUCGAUGAGUGUCACAGAACGUACGAGGAUACACCUUACAACGCAGUGAUGCGAAUCUACUGGGACGAGAAGUUUACAAGUGCAUAUGUUCGUCUUCCGCAGAUUUUGGGAAUGACAGCUUCACUAGGAUCAGGUCAGGCUAACUCUCAGUCAUCGGCUAACACAUGGGUCAAAAACAUUAUGGCCAACAUGGACUCUCAAAAACUGGUGACUGUAAAGGAAAACAUCAAGGAGCUAGAAGAAAAUAUCAAUAACACAGAUACGGAGAUUAUAGAGACAAAAGAGCGACGUAACAAGUCGUUUGGCAACCUUGUCAACGAUAUGAUGGCGACCAUAGAAGGGACUAUAAACCGCUUGGAGGGCGAGCUAAAACGACCUCCUACAUUGCGGAGUGGCGCUCAGUACACGCAAUGGUGUAGUACGCUGAGAAAACAGGUGACAAGCUUAAGUACCGUGGACAACGACCUUCACAGGAGCCUGAAGAUAUAUGCCGACUACUUAGAGGUGUACCAUCGCGCCCUCCUAAUAUACCAGGAUGCACGUGUCAGUGACGCAGUCCGGUAUCUCAAGGAGGAGUUAGAUGAGAUGUAUUUCGAGGAGACGGCUGUAGAGGCUGAUCGUGAGAUGUAUGGUCUGUUUCAAGAGAAGCAGCAGCUGAUGGAAAACCAUGAUGACGGUGAUCAGGAGAACCCCAAGCUGCACGAAGUCCAGGUUCGGAUUUGUACUUUAUUUCGUGACGACCCUGAUUCUAGAGCCAUCAUAUAUGUUAAAACGAUAGAGCUUGCCAGAUCGAUGGAGGCCUGGAUGAAUGAGUGCCCGGAGCUUCAAUCUCUAAAAGCGGUGCGCUUUGUAGGUGCACAUGCUAAGGUUGGAAUCGGAGGUAUAACCAAGAUGGAACAAGAUACAAUCUUGAAGGCGUUCCGGAAUGGCGAUCACAAGGUUGUUAUUGGUACCUCUGUGUUAGAGGAGGGAUUGGACGUGCCUAGAUGUAAUCUGGUCAUCCUUUACGAUCACGUUACCAACGAAAUACAGCGUGUUCAGACGAGAGGACGCAUAAGGAGAGACAAUAGCCACUUCGUUCUCAUAGUAUCUGAAUCAGGGCAAGCAGCACAGAAAGAACUUGUAAACGAGCGAAGAGAGGACAUGAGUUCGGAAGCCAUACGUUUAGUCCAGGACGAGAUUUCUAGAGACCCGCAGGCCUUCUACGAAAAGCAGCAGGACCAGCAGCGAGAAGAGAAGCGGAAACGAGACGCGGUUGUUUUAGAUGAACAAAAGCAACUGGAGAACAACCCUGUGUACGAGGUGAAAUGUAACCACUGCAGAGGUUUGUUGUUUUUGUCGUCAGAUCUUCGCAAGAUUAAGGUUCAUCACACCGUCGUGGCCAGAGGCAUGAAGGACACCCUGAGUCCUGGUCCGCGUGGAAAACCGUCAUUUGUAGAUAGGGACAUGGAGCAUGGCAUUGCAGAACUUUAUUGUAAGACGUGUCAGAUAUUCAUUGGGUCUGUUAACAAGUCCAUGUCACUGUUCUUCCCCAUGCCUCGAAUCGAUCAGAUCACAUUUUCAAGAGAUGAUGUCUACAAAACAUGCAAGAAAUGGAAAGAUGUCAAAAAACUCUUUGGUAUUAAAACAUUUUGUCCUAUUGAGGAUAUGCGGUUUAUUUUAGCACUUCCUGCUGAGGAAAGAGACUUCUAUACCUCAUAAAGCUCCGGGUCAAUCCGCAAUGUUGAGGACAUUACCUGUUUUAAGCUGCAUAACUCUUACCCGUAGUCUGGACAAUGUCACCGAUAUUGUCUGUGCAACAGCAGUGUAAAUUGUAUUGUCAUGAUGAAGGGAGAUACUAGGUGCACUCAUGAAUGUGAAUAUCUGUGUUAUAAACCAGUGGUAUAUACGUCAAAGCUUAGACUAUAUGCGUGAUAUUUCUUCCUGAAAAUCUAAACUAAACUUACAAUAUGGAAAAACUACAACAAGAACGGAAUGACAAUGUCAUAUUACCAUUGCAUAAUUGAUAUCAAAACAUCGAACACUUUCUUAUUUUGAUUGGAGCAGUGGAUAACAGUCGAUGCCUUCAGGCCUAAAAGAACUAUAUGUAUAUUUUAUGUCAAUAACGUCCUUCUUGGACGACAUAUUUCUGGGUUUGGGGGGGGAUCAACGUUGCAACACUAAUUAGGAUAAAAUAGGGUGGGUGUCUUUGGUCAAGAGGCAAGAGGACUCAAGGAUUGUAGAAAAGGAGAAUGUUGCCUUUCGGGGCUCAGAGGGCUUGGCCAAAUAGGCGAAAUAUAGAUAAAUGUUUAAACACCUACUCCUUCAGUAUAGGUUAAGGGAUCUUUUCGCCACAGGAAUAAAUUACGUUGUAUAAAAUGAGUGUGUUGCCUCCCUGAUGGGUGGGGCUCAGUAUCAGAAAUACAUGUAACUCUUAUCAAAUCUACUCCUUGAUGAAUUUUCUGAGAACCCAAGGGCAUUGGGGACUCGUUGUAAAAAAUGUGCCCCUUUUGGCAGACUAAUGGGCGUUUUGAUCUGGAGGAAGGACCCUUGGGACAUUCUAAUAAACAUAGUUUGCUGAGGUAAUCAUGACAGUCCUUUCGGUGAAUUACAAAUGUAUAACAGAAAAUGUCUAUAUUACAUAAAAAUGCAUUUUCUUAUGCAAGUUUACUUCCAUAUGAAGAAGUUGAAGUGUUUACAUUUCGGGAUACGGUGAUCAAGUACUCAAAAACAAGCAGUUGAGCUAUUCAAACCAUUGGGCCUCUUGUUAUUGUUCUUGCGCCGUAAUGCUAUUGCGUAUUUCUUUGAAAGCUUCUUAUCUUCAUAUAGAUACAUUGUAAAUGUUGAUUAGACUUCUUCGGGAGCAGACAAUAUUAUAAAUGCGUUUGAUACUAUCUUUAAGUGAUCUAACUGUCGGAAGAUGAUGAUGCCUUUACACUUACUAUCAGAUUGUAUGGCACUAUAUCUGAGUAAACGUCUAUCAAUGCUUAUCAUACUACAUGUAUAUCUGACGUAUUGUAUUGAGAAUCCUCUCUUCCUUCGCUUUUAUGUUUAUUCAGUAUCAGUGAUAACAUGAUUGUGUAGAUAUUUAUUUAAAGUGUAUAUGUAACUUGUUGUUAUCUAUAUCCGGCCGAUCGUCAGAAAAGUUAAGACUGAUAUCUUAUAAGAGUGGCACCUUAAAUCUAUCCCAGUCUGUUUACAUCAUAGCUAUUUGUACAUAAGAUAAACGUGUAUAAAGUCGUAUGUUUGUACUGCUGAAUUAUAUCUAUUUCUUUAAUUUAUCAAUGCCACAUGCGAGAGUCCGUUUAUGAGCAGGUCGCUGUCAGAUUUGAACCAGUUGAUCAGCGAGUCGAGAAAGUGGAACUGAUAGAAUGGAAAGUUGAGUCGAUAAUCUAGUCGAGUCAGGAAUUAGAAGCAUGCAGGACGUGCUCCAAGCGAGGCAACUCUUUUUUAAGAAAGGUUACUAUUAUUUUUGUGUCAUGUAUAUAAGAAUUCCCCAGCCAACUGAGCAUGUUUACCUUACACAUUCUUAUAUUGUUCAGUUUCAUUUACAAACUUAUGUGAACCGAGAAGUCGGGUCCAGAGGAAAAUAACUUGUACGUGUUAAGUAAGUCGGGUCCAGAGGAACACAACUUUUACGUGUUAAGUAAGUCGGGUCCAGAGAAAAAUAACUUUUACGUGUUAAGUAAGUCGGGUCCAGAGAAAAAUAACUUUUACGUGUUAAGUAAGUCGGGUCCAGAGAAAAAUAACUUUUACGUGUUAAGUAAGUCGGGUCCAGAGAAAAAUAACUUUUACGUGUUAAGUAAGUCGGGUCCAGAGAAAAAUAACUUUUACGUGUUAAGUAAGUCGGGUCCAGAGAAAAAUAACUUUUACGUGUUAAGUAAGUCGGGUCCAGAGAAAAAUAACUUUUACGUGUUAAGUAAGUCGGGUCCAGAGAAAAAUAACUUUUACGUGUUAAGUAAGUCGGGUCCAGAGGAACAUAACUUGUACGUGUUAAGUAUUGUUUCUGGUAUUAGUUCUAACGAGCAUGUCUGGUUAGGAGAACUCACCAGGAAAUCCUUGUGACUAGAUGUAGUAUUUAGAUAUUUAUGAUGUAUAACCUGUGUUAAACUGACGUUGCUCUCUAUUAAGGGUAUACAUACAUGUGUACUGUUUAACCUAAGGAGUCGUGAAUUCGAACCUCCAGGAAAAUGACAUGACAUUUACGGUUAACUAUUAGAUUGUAGCCGUAAAUUUACAGACGUAUUUCCUAUUUGAUAAUUUUUUACUAUAGUGUGAAUUUAGCUAAAUUUCUCUUAAAGGAUUUUGCCAUCUUAGCGGCGAACAAUUUGAAUCAUACUUUGAUGCCGUGUUUUAUGAAUCGCAAUUAGCUUGUUAUGAGUAUAGUUUGAAUAUUCCAUGUAACAUAAAUAAAUCACCCCUCCUCGUAAUUUGUAUUUCCCGUUGAUCUCGCUGCUACCACUUUGAAUGCCCUGUACAAGAUAGCACAUUCUACAACACCAGACUUGUUGUCUGCUUUUGAUUAGGAUCUCUCCGUGUUGAUUUAUAUUCAGAUUUUUAUCAUACUAUCUCCGUGUAGACUUAUUGUUAAUUUUUAUCAUAUCAUUUCAAUGUAAAUGUAUUGUUAUACUUUGAUCAUGUUUUUUGUAAAUAGACUUAUGUUAUUUGUUGCUCACAACCUCUUUCUAUGUAACAAAUUUCCAGAUUUUUAUCAUAGUACUCAUGAUAAUACACAGAGUUAAUAUGAUAAUUUCAUUUUCCUUGAACAUGGCUAUCUACAGUUUUCCGUUGCGAUAUCCUUUCGCCCUCUUCAGGUGCUACACGUGUUUACCUGUGCUAGAAUAUUUGUUAUCAUGUCCUGGCAACUUUACCUGUAAUUUGGCGCAUUCAGUGCAUGUUUUCAGUAUUGUCUGCUCUUUGAUUUAUAUAUAUAUAUAUAUAUAUAUGAUAUAACCUACACCGUGAAAUACCAUUUUUCUCCAUUUUAUAGCAUGGGCUACUUUUUUCCGCUCAAGGCUUCAAACGUAGUUUUGUUAGUUGAGAGUCUAUGCUACUUGAGGGUGUGAUGAAACUGAAUGUUUUCGAACUUUAUAGAUCGGGUUAUCUCAUUCUCGGGCUUAGAUUCUAUAACAUUUCCGUCCUCGCUUAGUUAUACGUGAAUCAUUUAAACUUUGGUCGAGAUGAGCAGAUUGCCGUUGUUCUAUAUUGUAUGACAUCACUUGAAAAAUGAAUUGACGAUACGACACAACGCACAAAGCGGGGUAUCGUAAAUAUUGUAAUAUAAAGGAGGAGGAAAAGAGCGAAAGAGAAAAGGGAAUUAUUCACCCCACUAAUUAAUUAGUAGUGGGGAUCUAAACCAUCUAAGUUGUCAAGCUAUCGGCAAGCAUCAUGUUUAGCACAUAGUAAGGGGAUACAUGUAACACAAAUUGUAUAUAUAUGGAAGUACUACAGCGCUAUGAUUAAACGAAUGACGUGCGGUGGUAGAUUGGUGUCUGCGGAGUUACAAUUUAUUCUCAGUAUUUCAUCAGUUCCGAGUGAAAACAUGAAAAAAAAUAUAAUUAUUGUUUGUUGAUUUAAUUGUUCUAUCGGUCAAAAUAAUGAAAAUGAAUAUCUAUGUUAACGGAUAUCUAUGUAUAUACUUAUUGUAUAAAAUAUUGUGAUGUAUGUAUAGCUUUGUUAUAUUGUAAAAUAUAUAAUAUCUUUUCAAAAAUUGAAUAGCAGAGUAGUGUUAAAUUUUGUUAAUAUAUAUUACAUAGAAACGUUUAUAAUGAUUAGACAACUCCUUUUGAGUGCAAUGUUUGAGGUCUAUAUUUAACCGCCUUAUCAAUUGGGUGCAGAAACAAAAAAUGUGUUUUGUAGUUUUUAGUUAUUUGUGACCGCACUGGAGUUUUAUAACGUGUAUAUAACAGAUGUAACUGGAAAAUGACAAAGAAAAGUUCCAACAGUGAUAACAGCAGUGCUAUUUUGAUUAUUUGUCUGACGGUUUUAGAGACCAGGUUUGUAAUAAGUACAGCAAUCCUAUUAAUAACAGCAGUCAAACGCCGUGCAACCACUGUAUUGGUUACCAACCAUGGCUCGUAAGACCAUAUAAUAUAGGUAGCCAUUGAACUAGAUGACUUCACUGGGUCAGUAAGAUGGGUUUUCAUUUCGCUGCUAGUUACCAGCGCUGAUUCCAGCAUAACUUUUUUGUAUCUGUUUUUACUACUACAAAAUCUGUGUGUAAGAAAGUGCCAUUUAUUUAUUUUCCCUUGACUGUUUUGUUUUGAUUAUUAAGUUAUUAAACUGCAUGUAAUAUUGAUCGUAAAUAAAAACAGUGCUUUAU